ACCGGAGCGUUGUGCAUCUCCCCACUCAUCUCUGGUUGUGCAUCUCCCCACUCAUCUCUGAUAAAUAUCUGAUUGGUUCCUAACAAAACUGUCUGCUGGAUGACCGUAAAUAUUUACUUUUCGGAAUCAAUACGCAAACGUUUCGGGCUGCUUAAAUAAGAGAACAAAUUCAGCGCUAACUAAAUAAACGCCCUUAAUAAUCGAUCAGUAAAACCAUGUAAAAUAUUGUAGAAAUAACAAAUUAGAACUUCGACCAUCAUACUGGGCAGCCUUAGGCGCAUCAGUUUAGUAAUCGGGUCUCUUCAGACCGAUGGCUGUCAUUCGGUCUGUCAUCAAACAAAAAUGGCAAUGCGAAAUAUGAACUCUUGAACUGUCACGCCAACUGCAUUUCAUAACCUCUUCAAACAGGUGCACCAUGUAGAAAAUGUUGUACUGUCUUCUUAUGGUACCUUAGUAAGGAUUCUUUUAAGAGAGGUCCUAAUACAGGAUCAGUAUUCGACAUCAGUACCAUCUAGUACUCCUGGACCAAAACACGGACCAACCAUUUAGGGCCCCAAUAAAUAAUAAACAUGAGUGGCCACCUAAAUAUUACUGUAAGACCAGAGUUACGUCUUGAUACAAAAUGGCUGAAGAUGGAUUUACAACGUUUCCUAUGUCGGGAUGGUCUUGCCGACUUGUGGAAUGAGAUGGUACGAGAUGGAGAGAUAGUGGGACCUUUCAGUGAUGGCUUGGUUAAUUCAGCAGGAGUGAUUGCAAGGAAAGAUAGCGGACAUUACUAUUGCAAUUUAAGAGUGUUAUCUUGUCUAUGUUGCGAUGGUAUCUGUGGACCGCAAAGUGGCUGUAAUUGUGGACCAUGCCAAAAGUUAGAUACAGAGGAAGCUGCAAGAAUAACAUUACUUGUCGAAAAAAUUGUGCCUGCACAAACAACAAUAGAUUCCUGGCUGUGGGCACCACAGCCUUCUGAGGAGGACCUAACAAGUUGUAUUGAAUCCUUGAUAAAAGAACAAAGAAAACUCUGUCACGAAGUAGCCAACAGUACUCUCUCUGCAACAAGAUUAAAACAACGCAUUGUAGUAGCAAGGAGAUAUUUCACAGCUUUGUCGCGUCACAAGCCACAAGAGACAAAAGAGAUAACUCCACAAAAAACAGCAGUGAAAACUCCAAAAAUCGUGAAACCAAGUGAAAAAGCUACAGUCGAUCUAGCUAGAGUAGGUUCUAGAGCAGCCCUUAACUUUUCAUUUGCAUUUCUACGACGAGCCUGGCGUUCCGGGGAGGAUGCUGAUCUCUGUACUGAACUACUCACCGAAUCCUUAGAAGCUCUUCAAUCUCUACCGGAAGCAACACUGUUCGACGAAACUAACGUCUCCAGAGUCUGGCUAGACGUUGUCGAAAGAUCAGCUAAAUUUUUACGACAAGUUGUCACCGGGGAUGUGGUCACAGGAAGAUCAUGGUGUCCAGUUCCAGUGGCAGAUCAGCACACAGCCCUAUGUUUACUACUGGAACUAGCAACUCAAAGAGGAACCUUGUCAAGUCUUCUAGAUUCCGUGAUCCUGCUCCUGCACCUCGGUGGUAAGGCUAAGAAUCAGGACAACCGUGUAAUGCCACCGGGUAGUUCUGCACCGUUAAUACCAUUGCUACGUAGACUCGAGUCAAUUACAGUAUCUAAAUCAAGACAAUCCGAGAAGAACUUAUUGCCGGGGCCUUGCGAGGUUCUAUUGAAAUAUUUGAGACUUCCAGAAGAUGAUGCGGUAGCCGUCGACCUGAGAAAAGCGGCCGUUGUGAUUAUGUGUCACCUUAGCCGACUAGCUACACCACUUCUGCCACCUCAUGUGGCGGGAGGCUUCAACAAAAACCAUGCUCAGAUGUAUCAAGAGGUCCUCGCUUGGGGUGGCAUAAAACUAGGAAACGGAAAAUCUCCACUUCAUUGUGAGGCAAUAACUGAACUUGGCGUAAAGCAACUGUGUUGCACAGAAAAAGCGUUAAUGAUUUUGUCUUUGAACGGCAAGAUUUUCAUGAUGUAUUAUGGCUCUGAGGCUCAGUAUCCGCAACGUGUUCACGGAUUUUCGUCAAAACCCGUGACAAUGAUCGCUUCUCAUCCUGAUGGAAAACACUACUUGGCUUUAACUCAAGAUAACCUGGUCUACUCAUGGGGUAAUGGUGAUGGCGGCAGACUUGGUCAUGGGGACAACACGUCCUAUGAUGACCCUAAAAUCAUUGAGGCUUUAUCGGAUAAAAAUGUAAACUUUAUUGUAUGCGGUAGUACGUAUUCUGCUGCACUCACAGUCAAUGGUGACUUAUAUACCUGGGGCCGCGGAAACUAUGGAAGAUUAGGUCAUGGAAACUGUGAUGAUGUUACUGUGCCGACCUUGGUAUCGGCUCUGAAUGGACACAAAGUUGUUCAUGUCGCCUGCGGAAGUGGAGACUCGCAAACUCUUUGUGUAACAGCGUCUGGCAUCGUCUUUUCUUGGGGUGAUGGUGAUUACGGAAAAUUAGGCCGAGGAGGUGCGGAUGGUUCGAAAAUACCCAAGAUUGUAGACAAGCUUCUUGAUAUUAAUGUUGUUAAAGUCUACUGCGGUGGGCAAUUCUCAGCAGCGCUUACGGCCUACGGUGAGGUGUAUACUUGGGGCAAAGGUGAUUCUUAUCGCUUAGGCCAUGGCAACGAAGAGCAUGUUAGAUAUCCCAAGAUUGUGGAGGCCCUCAAAGGCAAAAAAGUGAUUGAUUUAUCAGCAGGAAAUAUGCACGUAUUAGCAUUGACCGAAGAUCAACUGGUCUAUGGAUGGGGAAGAAAUGAUUAUGGCCGAAUCGAUUCAUCGUUAGAAUCAACAGUGACCAAACCGACCUUGUGCCCAGCUCUUACGGGUAAGGGUGUCGUUGGCUUAGUGUGUGGUGCAUCUCAGAGCUUCGCCUGGUCCAUGCGUUCCACCUGCUAUGUACCAAUCAGAGCAGCCUUCGUGAUUGAUAUUUGUGAAGAUACCUUUAAACUUCUGGAUAUGCUACUAGCCAAGUCUUGUGAGGAACUACCAGGAACACGACCACCUACUCAAGAUCGCGAAUGUCUGGCAGUUGCAACAUUAAACCUUCUUCGACUUCAACUUCACGCUAUGAUUACACAUAAUAUUGAAAAUAAAUCGGUCGGACUCGGUUCUUCAACAUUAUUAAACUCUCUGAAGCAACGCUGUGUUGCUCUGGCCAGUGGAGCUGGGAUCCUGGCCACCAUGCAGGAAGCGGCCCAGGCUGUUCUCCAGACUGGUUGGAGUGUUCUGUUACCCACAGCAAACGAACGAGCCAAAACUCUCUCAGGACUCCUACCGAAUUCCAACAGCAUGGACCAAUCUAAUACCAACAAAGGUCAACAGUUCAUGGCUGAUCUCUUGGUUUCAAGUCUGAUGGCCGACGUAGGUUUGGAGUUGGCUCUGAAGGUAGCUAUCAACACUGAAAUUACAGAUCUGUCUGAUGAACGUGAGCUUCAAGUACCAUCUAAUACUAUGAAGGCUGGCGAGGUCAAGCAGGCCAAAGAAUUUAAUUCUGAGAAGCACAAUGUCACUAUACCACUUCUGCAACUUAUCAAACAAUUGAUCAGAAAUGGAUCUUGCGUUACCCAGUCAAGAUUUCAGAGUCUGCACCAUAUUACUCGGCAUGAAGAUUCGCAAAAGGUGGACGAUUCGCCAAGUCUGAGUUUGCUACUUAGGUUUCAGCGCCUCUUAGUCGCUCAAAUCUACCAUUGUAUAAAUAAGUCUAGUACCAAUGAACCUCAACAAGAUCAGGAGAUGCUGGGGGCUGAGUCCCUCCUAAAGAAAUAUAUUUGUCAAAUAUGCAACCAUGUAACUGAAAUCCUACCAAUUGCAAGUGAGAUAGCUAGUGGCAGCGACAAAAACUUUGCUUUAGUCGCAUCAGUUCUUAAAGGAGAUAUCAUCAACAUUCUCCUACCUGAAUUGGUAGUGUGCUUAAUCUUACUCCAAGUAGACUACCCUAUGUUAUUGCUAAAUAUGAACUGGAUGGAAAUGUUCACACCAGUGUUGGAUACCCUAGACCAAUUCAAUAGACUUGCACCGACCGUGGAGAAAGAGGAUGCUGACGACUUAUCUUGGCCAGGUAUUAUUGCUCCUCAGCACGCCAACAAAAUGCCUGUUCAGGAUGAACCCAGUCUGAUUAGGUGGGCCGAUCUUGAGAAUCACAAUCGCGAUGGCGGUCUUUGGAUCGUGAUCAACAAUAAUGUUUAUGACGUCCAAGACUUCAGAUACGAGGGUGCAACCAAUACAUCUUCCGCUCUUGAAACUUUACAAAGGAUUACGGGCAGGGACGCCAUUUCGUCCUUGAUCAACGGACCUCAAUCACAUCUUAAUCAGGGUAUGAUGGACUCCUGCUUUGUGGGCCAUUAUUGUCAACCUGAACAAGAAAGCACACAAUUUACAAUUGAAGUAGCUGAUGUUUGUUUAUCAUUGCUUGAUAUGGAACGUGCCCUGAGUUUUCUUUUGGGUUUACAUGCAUGCAGAUUGAGACAAAGUUUACCCCUUCAACCUGCAGAAGACGAAGCUGGUACGUGGCUGAAUGCGAAUUUCCUACGCGGUGGGCUCCAAGUACUCCAACCACCAAACCCAUUCGAAGAAGAGAAGGGUGAAGCAAGAAGCAAUAACUCUACAGCUGCAAAUUCGCCGACAGAGGCUCCUCUGCCAAUUUGUACAAAGGACGAAGUUCACAAGCUGACUCAAGAUAGGGUCACAGCAUUCAUUCAGGCACUUGCUGAGACUCAUAAGAAUGAUACUUACGUUCAAACCUUCUUGGCUAUCGUUGAUAGGUACGUUAAAGCUAAUAAUCUUUUGUCUCAUGUCGAUUUUUGUGGAGAUCAUCCGUUAGAAGAAAUUGGUCGACUACUCAUGGCUGUUAUUAUCAAGCACCUUGCACUGGGUUACCAAACUAUCGCUUUGGUGGACAAAGAACUUACUGAAGGUAAUGUGAAACUCACCAAACCUCUGGCAGAUAUGAUCAAAGCUAUUCAUCAGACAAAGUGGAAUUUGAUAAAGACUAGACAACAACAAAAUAGAAGCUACAAGGAGGUGUGCGCCCCUGCUCAAGAGAAAUGUCGAUUCCUACUUUAUGAGGUUAGACCAGCAACAAGCUACGAGGUGAAAGGUCUUAAAAAUUUAAAGUUGUUACAUACGGUUCCAAGGCUAAAAAAAGCGGCGCAAGCUGUGAUAGUCGAUUUACGCAAGAAUAAAGAUUCACCGGCCAAACCAGAAGACAUAGUCAAUGCUUCCAUUCAAAGUGCAGAAGCCAAGAACAAAUCAGAUGAGGACACAACACCAAAAGAUACUCCAAAUGGAACCAUGGCGCCUAAACUGGAAGAUGUUACUAAUGUCACCAAUGCUAUAAUGCAAUUAGCAGAGAAGAUCAAAUGCAGACCACUUCUUAUAGACUCUAACGAUCUCACUGCGAGUAUUAUAAAUUUCACGAUUGCUGAAGAUGGUGCUGAUAUCGAGACGAUUCGUCGAGCCAUAUACUGUCAAGUUCAGAGAGUAAAAAUGCGAGAGCAAGGUAUCAUCAUGGUUCAGGAUCUUUUAAAGAAGGACUACUUGAUAACUUCCGUAAAAUAUUGUCUACUCAAUGGUUGGCUAGGAUUAACUCAUGAAAACAAAACGUUAAGCAAGGACAUCACACACUGCCUCAGUAAUGUUCAGCUAGUGACACCUUAUCAGAAAUCAAAAAUUAUCUUAGCAGAGGCUAAAGUGACAGCCUGGGCUGUUCAGGCUUUACGAGCUCAUGUCAUUCAAGCUGAGUUACCUAAUAAACCCAAGGCUAGUGGUAAAAGCAGUUUAAAUCAAGGCACUUAUACUUGGCUUAGAAAACUACCUAGGGCCAGAUUUUUACUAACUAUCCUUGGUAUGUUAACGAACCACCAACGUGCUAAUGAGAUUGGUCUCUUAAUUAACUCUGGUUUACUCUCUAGUGUCCUGACUUUGCUUAGACAAAUUGGACCAUCCGCACCAAGUCAACCACCGAGAUCUAAAGAAAGUAUAGCUAUCUACGAAGACGUGAUUCAAAAGGCGAAGACACCUAUAGUCCAACUAACAGGAAUGGAACUAGCAGCUCUGAUGAAGAUUGGAACUAGGGUAGUGCGUGGUAUUGAUUGGAAGUGGGGUGAUCAGGAUGGCGCUCCUCCCGGCGAAGGUCGUGUAGUCGGUGAGCUUGGCGAGGAUGGUUGGAUCAGAGUUCAGUGGGAUAAUGGUAACACCAAUUCUUAUCGAAUGGGGAAGGAAGGAAAGUACGAUCUGAAGUUAGCCGAACCGCCAACUCCACCUGACAGCGACUCUGACAGUGAGUCACCGGUAGAUACGAACAAGAGUGACAAGGACAUCUAUAGGGAGACACAUCCUACCACAUACCUGAAGAACGCAUCCACAACAUUACUGAAAAUUAUUCUGCUCUCUUGCGGACUCGAUGCUGACUCUGUUCAACCCUCAGCCAUUAAAGUUCUAGCUUCCGUUCUCAAAGGUAUCAUCUCCACUGCGAACCAGACUGACUUCAGCAGCCAGACACAACUGGCCAGAGAUCACCAUGAAACUUGGGCAACUUUAGGACUACUUAGAUCCAUAGCUAAUUCCCCUGUACUCUGUCGAGCUUUGAGUACUCCAGCCUGGAUUGAUCUUCUUCUAGGAAUGAUUGCUGAAGAAAACAAUCCUAAUUUACAAAAGCAGAUCAUGGCCAUUAGAUUACUCUCCACAGUCCUACCUUCCUGGCCUGUGGAAAGUCCGGAGAUGACUCCAUUUCUUGACAAGAUUUUUAAACUUCUGGGUCGCAUUGCUUUGAUGUGUGAAGCGGGUGCCAAUACUGAUCUCUACAUUAACAAAUGUCGAGUAUCCCUCACAGCGACACAUAGCUCAACUUUGGCUGAAGAACUUAUCGCUUUAAUAAGGACUUUGCACUCUUUGCCUGGUUGGAAUGCAGCCUUGAACACGUUUUUGACUAGUAAACUGGCUCUUGCAUCUGAUCUCCUAAGUGAUGGCCCCCUAUUCCAUAUACAAAUGAAUGAAAAUGGAGGAGAGAACAGCUUGGUAAUUCAACAAACCGUCAUGGCGGCACUAAUCGUUGUUGGUGGUCUUGAUAACAAACCUAGGAUCGGAGGCCAAAUCGAAGUUGAAGGUCAGCUCGCGACAAUCUGCAGGAUAACACAACACUGUAAGCUUGUAGUACAGAUGCACGAGAGUAAAGUACCGAAGAAAAUAUCGUUGACGUCCUUAAAAAAUAUAAGCGAAAAGUUUAAUUUAGACAGAAUGGUCUUAACCGAACCUUUAUUAUCAACUUGGGCUAAUUUACUUCAAGGACACUGUGGCAUGGACAAACGACCUGGUGGAAUGCCGGUUAUAGCUGGAGUUGUGAAUGCUUCUAUUUUACGUAUGCAGCAGCAACAACUGGCUGCUUUAAAUGCUGGUAAAACCUUAUUAGAUCAUCAAACGAAGCUGCGCCGUGUUCUGAAGUGCAUGACGACUGAGAAUGAUGAUGACCGCACAACUCUUCUUCAGGAAAUGCUAAUUCGAGCUACCAAGCCUCAACCACUCAAACCAAUUUUUAAUAGAGAAGAACUUGAAACAGCAGCCUUGGCUGUAUCGCAGUAUCUAGCUUCGGAAUUGAGACAUACACCAAUUCGAACUGGAUUAUCCUCAGAACCCGCUACUCCAACCUCAGAUUGUUCUCUAGUCUCGUUAACCUCUAGUCAACAGCGACACUGCAGAAGCAGCACACGCAAAGGUGCCAUUGCACCAGCAACUACACCAUUGGUUACCCAGUUGAUCGAGAUGGGUUUUCAAAAGAAAAAUGUCGAAUUCGCUAUCAAAAGUUUGGGUAUCGCCGAAGCUAAUAUUACACCAGAAACAGUUGUUGGUUGGUUAUUGGAAAAUCCUGACGCAGCCUUCAGUGAUACUGAGACAUUAUCAAGCUUAGAUGGUUUAUCAGACUCCGAAGGCUCCACCAGUGAAGACAUGGAUGAUACUUCCUCAACUCAUGAAGCUGGAUCAGUUCCAGCACCUACUUACAUGAAGAGAUCAGACUUUUUGUCUGUCGACGAAUAUGCUAUCUAUGUCCGUGACAACGUCACGGCUGGUAUGUUAGUCAGAUGCUGCAAAACUUAUGAGGAAGUUACAUACGGUGAUGUCGGCCAAGUGGUCAAAAUCGAUCCAGAAGGACUGCAUGACCUUAAUGUUCAGGUCGCGUGGCAACACAAAGGUGGUACCUAUUGGGUCCGUUUUAUUCACAUAGAAUUACUUGGUCAUCCUCCUUCCUUACCAGGACCACCAGCUCUGAAAGUUGGUGACAAGGUCAGAGUCAAACCUUCAGUUUCGGUACCAAAGUACAAGUGGGGUUCGGUGAAUCAUCAUAGUAUUGGUGUUGUGACUGCAAUAAUCAACAACGGCAAGGAUAUUUGCGUGGAUUUUCCUCAACAAAGAAGUUGGACUGGAUGUACGGCUGAAAUGGAAAGAGUUCCGUCCUGUCAUCACGCGGUUUCAUGCAACUCCUGCCAUUUAUCGCCAAUUUCGGGACCUAGAUUUAAGUGCAAAGCUUGCGAAAACUACAACCUUUGUGAGAAUUGCUUCUAUACUAAGAGGUCGCAUCGACAUGGAUUCAACAGAAUCGCAGAGCCAGGUUCGGCGGCUGUCUAUGCUGGUAAACCAGGAAGAUACCACAGGCAGGAUCUUACAGAACCAUCUUUAAUUGAGGAUUGGUCCAGAUGUAUCAGGACUUUAACUGUUUCGUCAAGAGAUAACUGGGCAACACGAUUGGUAGACGGUUCAGGAAAGUACUGGCAAAGUUGCGGUACACAAGGGAAACACUGGAUCAGGUUGGAGAUGUUACCUGGUAUCCUGAUACAUUCUUUGAAAUUGACUAUUAAUCCUCAAGAUAGCAGUUACAUGCCGUCAUUAAUAGUUGUCAGUGCUGGCGAAUCAUUCAGUAAUGUUCUUGAUUUGACAACUGUAACCAUAAGAAAUACUGACACUACAGUGGUUUUACUUCAGGACGUUAAGGAGUAUUAUCCUUGUAUCGAAAUUUCCAUUAAACAAUGUCGAAAUGGUGGAAUAGAUUGUAAGAUUCAUGGUCUGCACAUAGUCGGUCGGAAGAAGUUGUACGAGAAUCAGUUGGCGACCUCAGUGUCCUUCUUAGCUUCGGAUUGGGAAGUUGUCCAAGAACAGAUGGCAACACAGCACAGUGGCGAUGCACUUCAACAUUCAGCCGUCUACGUUUGGGGCCUGAACGAUAAGGAUCAACUAGGUGGCCUCAAAGGAUCCAAGAUCAAGUUACCAAUCUACAGUGAAGUUUUGUCGCAACUGAAACCCGUUCACAUAGCCGGUGGUAGUAAGACUCUCUUCAUCGUCAGCCAGGAAGGCAAGCUUUAUGCCUGCGGAGAAGGUACCAACGGCAGAUUGGGCUUGGGCGACAAUAACAACGUCUAUGAGCCACGGCCGAUCCCAUUCCUAAGUCAAUACGUGAUCAAGAAAGUUGCAGUGCACUCUGGUGGCAAGCAUGCUUUGGCCUUGACCUUGGACGGUAAGGUCUUCUCUUGGGGUGAAGGUGAGGAUGGCAAGCUUGGUCAUGGCAACCGAAUUUCCUUGGAUAAACCACGACUUAUAGAGGCCCUCAAAUCUAAACGGAUCAGAGAUAUCGCCUGUGGCUCAGGUCACUCGGCAGCUAUUGCCAGCAACGGUGAACUGUACACCUGGGGUUUAGGCGAAUACGGCAGAUUAGGCCAUGGCGAUACGAACUCCCAGCUUCGGCCAAAGCUGGUGGAGGCUCUGGUGGGUCAAAGAGUGAUUCAGAUAGCUUGCGGCAGCAGAGACGCGCAGACAAUGGCUUUAACCGAAGAUGGUUCUGUUUAUUCAUGGGGCGAUGGUGACUUUGGCAAACUGGGACGUGGUGGAAGUGACGGCUGCUACACACCGCUGUUGGUUGAUCGAUUAAAUGGACUUGGUGUCGUCCAGGUUGAAUGUGGUGCGCAGUUUUCAUUGGCCUUGACCAAAUACGGUGAAGUCUGGACGUGGGGGAAAGGUGAUUAUUUUCGACUGGGCCACGGCAAUGACCAUCACGUACGACGACCUACUGUUAUUGAAGGUCUUCGUGGUAAAAAAGUUGUUCACGUCGCAGUUGGUGCAUUACACUGUCUAGCAGUUACGGAUGCUGGCGAGGUCUAUGCGUGGGGCGAUAACGAUCAUGGUCAGCAAGGUAAUGGCACUACCAUAGUUAAUCGAAAACCGUCAUUGGUACAUGGUUUGGAGGAUGCCAAAGUUAACAGGGUUGCCUGUGGCUCCAGCCAUAGUGUGGCCUGGGUACUGAUCGAUCAGCCAGCUUUCAGCAAUCAGGAGCCAGUGACCUUCCCAACAGCUAAGGAUCCUCUUGGUCAGGCAUCUCUAGGAUUUAUAGACACUACGGAUAACAACGCUACCAACACAUCUAAAAAUGUUAGACCAUCACUGUCACAUAUCAUCCUGUCUUUAGAAAGCAAUGUUGCAAAACAACAGGCUCUACAACACGUGAUAAAUGCUUUGCACAUAGUACAGGCCAGAACAGCCAUAGUAACCGCUUUGCGGAGUCAUACAACAUUGGCAUCAUGUGCCCGAACUGCGAGUCCAGACACGCCACCAGAAGGUACCAUGGGGUCAAGUGUAAGUCACACAGUCUACCAGAAUGUCGGUGAAAUAGCUCAGGGUGGUGGCGAGGCACCGGCUAAUGUUACUGAAGUGGUCAACGUAGUUAACAGUCCAAGAGCAACUCCAGAAUCCGAAGAGUGCCCAUUGGCUGUAUUUCCUUCAAUGUCCAGUUCGGCAAGUUUAUCGUCCAGGGCCUCGAAAAUGUCAACCAGUGCAAUGAGCGUUAUAGCAGCGACCUUGACAUCAAAUGCGCAAGUUGUUGGAGAUGCUGUCACCAAUGAUCCGGGUCUGGACGAGUUCACGUCAACCUUGACCGAGGAUGAUGCUAGAAUGUUGGUUGAUCUGUUGAAGCUAGCUGUGGCGAAUAGAGUCUGUGACGGUGCCAAGGAGACCAUAUCAUCUAUUUUAAUAUCUUUGGGUAAAUUUAAUCGCCUGAUUGGUAACAUGCUUUUGGAGCUGUGUGUGACAGAACUUGAAGACACAGCAGCAAAUUCGAAUUGCAUGAAUAAUGCGCCACAACCUGUGGUCCAGGAGACACCUCAUCCUUACAUAGAUGAUACAACUUUGACGGGUCAUGUUAAAAUUCCUGGGGCCGAAGCACUCAGAGUAGAGUUCGACAGACAAUGCUCUACCGAGAGGAAGCAUGAUCCUCUGACAAUAAUGGAUGGUAGUGGUAGAGUGGUGGCUCUCAAAUCUGGCAGAGAGUGGAGCGAAUGGGCAGCUGAAAUCAGAAUUCAGGGUGAUGAACUCAGAUGGAGGUUCUCAUCGGAUGGCUCAGUGAAUGGCUGGGGCUGGAGAUUCACUGUUCAUCCUGUAUUGGCUACCCUGGCUCCUCAUGAGCUCGGUUCUGAUAGGGCCGUUCUGUCACAACCUGCAAUUGCAUUAGCGGAAUGUCUUCUUGAUAAUUCCCUCAUUAAUUCCGACAAGAAUAUAGUAACGAGGCUAGCAGCAGCUCUUGCUCAAUGUAGUCAACUGAGUAUAUUGACAGCUCAGCAAAGAAUGUGGGCUUUGAGGAAGCUCCAAGUGGUUUAUCUGAGCGGUCCUGGAAUACGACCAGAGGCAGCACUAUCAUCACUACUUGGUUCACUCCCACAGGCUCUUCUAAGACAGUAUGAGUACGAAGAUCCUGCUGUUAGAGGUGGCAAGCAGCUAAUGCAUAGCGACUUCUUCAAAGUUCUUGUCGCUCUGGCCUGUGACCUUGAAUUGGACGUCAUGCAAUGCUGCUCCGAGAUUCAUAAGUGGUCUUGGUUCAGAAGAUAUUGUUUAGCUGCCAGAGUGGCCAAGUCCUUAAUCAAUAGAACACAAUUACCUAAAUCGUUUUCCAUUGAAGUCACCAAAAGGAUCAACGAGAUGAUAACAGACGGUGAUGCCAAUGCUAAAGAUCACGAGAAUCAUGAUCUAUUUAAGUUGGAACAUGACGAACAGCUUCUGCUCUGGCUAAACAGAAGACCUGAAGACUGGACUCUUUCCUGGGAUGGAUCUGGAGCUAUUUACGGUUGGGGUCAUAAUCACAGAGGUCAAUUAGGUGGUUUGGAAGGUGCAAAAGUUAAGUUACCAUCACCUUGUGAGAGUCUCUCAGCCUUGAGGCCAGUUCAACUAGCUGGUGGUGAACAGACGUUAUUCGCUGUCACCGCUGAUGGGAAAGUAUAUGCAACAGGCUACGGAGCUGUGGGGAGACUCGGGAUAGGCGGUACUGAUUCCGUAAUGAUACCAACACCUCUCGAGUCCAUUCAGCAUGUUUUUAUCAAGAAAAUAGCCGUGAAUUCUGGUGGUAAACACAGCUUGGCCUUGAGUUCUGAAGGUCACGUGUACUCUUGGGGCGAGGGUGAUGAUGGGAAGCUUGGACAUGGUAAUAGGGUCUCUUUUGACAGACCCAAGUUGAUCGAAGCUUUGCUUGGAAUGGAAAUUGUCGAUAUAGCCUGUGGAGGACUUCAUAGCGCAGCGAUAACCAGCGCAGGAUGCUUGUAUACCUGGGGAAAAGGACGAUACGGUCGAUUGGGACAUGGCGACAGCGAUGAUCAACUGAAACCGAAGCUGGUAGUGGCUCUUCAAGGAUAUAAGGUCGUGGAUGUAGCCUGUGGCAGUGGAGACGCUCAGACACUCUGCGUUACUGAUGAUGACAACGUUUGGAGUUGGGGAGACGGCGACUAUGGAAAACUAGGUAGAGGUGGAAGUGAUGGUUGUAAAGUUCCUAUGAAGAUAGAGUCCCUGGCUGGUCUUGGGGUGAUUAAAGUCGAAUGUGGAAGUCAAUUUUCGGUGGCCCUCACACGCUCUGGAGCAGUGUAUACCUGGGGCAAAGGUGAUUAUCAUCGUCUAGGUCACGGUACCGAUGAUCACGUUCGGAGACCCCGCAAGGUUGCUGAAUUGCAAGGAAAGAAAAUAAUAUCAAUUGCAACUGGUUCAUUGCAUUGCGUAGCCUGCUCUGAUAAGGGAGAGGUGUUUACCUGGGGUGACAAUGACGAAGGCCAACUCGGUGACGGGACAACGACUGCCCUCGUCAGACCGAGAUUAGUCCAUGCCUUGCAAGGAAAAAAGAUAACUAGGGUGGCUUGCGGGAGUGCACACACCUUGGCAUGGUCAACAACCAAAGCUACUCAAAGUAGAUUACCGGCAACCACCCCCAUGGAGUAUGACCUGGUGAAGGACUUGCCGUUCCCUGCCCUCCACAACCGACUUGUCCUUCUUCAUCACUUUGCGGAACUUCUGUGCCCAUCUUUAUCCAUGUUCCCGACCAGUGGACAUAUUGGCCUAAACAAAUUAGCACCUAUGCUGGUCUACAGCAUCAAAGAAGCAACUUUCCGUAAGGUCGUUCAAGCAACCAUGGUCAGAGACAGACAACACGGUCCGGUUAUUGAGCUGAACAGGAUUCAAGUGAAGAGAGCUAGAAGUAAAGGUGGCCUUGCUGGUCCUGAUGGCAUCAAAUCAGUUUUUGGUCAAAUGGUCUCAAAGAUGUCACUUCUUACUCAAGAUGUGCUCUUCUUACCCCAUCGAGUUUGGAAGGUCAAGUUUGUUGGUGAAAGUGUCGAUGAUUGUGGUGGUGGCUACAGUGAGAGUAUAGCAGAAAUGUGUGACGAGCUUCAAAAUGGCUCACUUCCAUUAUUUAUACCGACUCCUAAUGGUCGCGAAGAUAAUGGCACGAAUAGGGAUUGUUUCCUGUUAAAUCCAAUGGCGACGUCGCAGCUGCAUUAUAGCAUGUUCCAGUUCUUAGGUAUCUUAAUGGGAAUAGCUAUAAGAACAGGCAGUCCACUAAGCCUGAAUCUGGCAGAACCAGUUUGGAAGCAAUUAGCUGGUAUCCCACUUACACCAGCAGAUUUAACCGAAGUCGACAGAGAUUAUGUUCCUGGUUUACUCUGCAUCAGGGAUAUGGACCCUGAUGAGAAGGUUUUUCAAACUUUGGAGAUGCCUUUUUCAACACCAUCUGCAGUUGGCCACGACGUGCCAUUGUCGAACCGAUACCGGAAGAUAACCCCUGAAAAUAGACACGAAUAUGUCAGACUAGCUCUGAACUACAGGCUCCAUGAAUUUGAUACUCAAGUCGCGGCUGUUCGUGAAGGUCUCUCUAAAGUUGUACCUGUUCCACUCUUGGCAUUGUUUAGUGGAGCUGAACUGGAAACAAUGGUCUGCGGUAGUCCGGAUAUUCCCCUAAGUUUACUUAAAUCCGUCGCUACAUACAAAGGGAUCGAAGCUACUGCACCACUCAUUCAGUGGUUCUGGGAAGUAAUGGAAGAAUUUUCUAAUCAAGAAAGAUCUCUGUUCUUGCGUUUUGUAUGGGGAAGAACGCGCUUGCCGCGUACAAUUGCUGAUUUUCGAGGAAGGGACUUCGUUUUACAGGUCAUGGACAAAUAUAAUCCUCCGGAUCAUUUCCUUCCGGAAAGUUACACGUGCUUUUUCCUGCUAAAGAUGCCAAGAUACUCUUGUAAACCCGUGCUACGUCAAAAGUUAAAGUACGCAAUACACUUUUGCAAGAGUAUUGACACAGACGAGUAUGCCAGGGUACAAGCCGCAACGAAUUCAGACACCGAGGAUACAGAUAGCUUAGCGAGCGAGGAACAUACGUCUCUGUAAUUUUAAAGUCAUUUGACACAGAUCAGAAAUCAUCGAUCGCAUCACGAAGAGAUCUAGUCGACGUGGAAGAGCUUUCUGUAACAAGUGUAAUAUUUUUUCUGUUUAUCCUUCGUGAAAUGACAAUUAAUGGAAACCCAUGAACUUUUAUUUCAAUUUCUCAAACACAAUUAUGAAAGUGAAUUAAUGUUACGCGAACUUGUAAUAUGUACUUUGCUUAUCCUUUUUUUCUUCAAUGGCACAAAUAACGGCGCCUCCUGUAUCGUUAGGUUGCAAACGCUUGGUACUAGACUGGAAAUAAUUACUAUUAUUAAUUAUUAUUAGCUAUUGAUAUUGAUGUCGUUAAGAGAAAAUUACUGUGUAAUAACGGUGCAGCACGAAUUCAAAACUGUAGGUUACUUUUCUUUUACCGUGUUGUCUCCGUUUAUUGAAAAUUUUCUUCUUCGAAUGUAAUGUAUACUGAUGUACUGAUCACGAUAUGUAUUUCGAAUUACGUGGUACGAUUAAUGUUACUCUGAAAUCUACUUGAAUGCAGAUAAGAUUCAAGUGCUGAAAUCUCCCUUUAGUUUGGAUCAAAAUUUAAAAGUCUGCAUGAUAGUCACACAGACAUUAAUGUUAAACAUUAUUGAAAAAUUAUUGUUAGACUGCGGGACUGCGGUAACACCACCACUUAUGAUUAGUUAAUUGAAUAGUUUAAUCGUUAUCUAAAAUUCAUGUUAAAUUAUUAUUAGAUAUUUCUAUAGAUUAUCAAUUUCUUACUGCAAUAUUCCCUUCAAUUUACCAAUCUCCUGAAUUUUAUAUCGCUUUAGCAAUACGAAAAUUCCAAUCUCCAUAUUUUUCUUUUUUUCUUUCGUACAACCAUAUUCAAUUUUUGGUUAUGCUAUCAAGGCAUUAAGGAAAAUCUUGUGAUACAGUGCAAUCAGGCAAAAUGAGAAUGAACAAGACAAGUAAUAUAUGUAAUAAAUAUAACUGACACUUACGAACUUGUAUUUGUUGAAAAGCAAUUUGCGUCCAACAAGUGAUAUAGUUUUUUAUUUAAAAAACGUGUACUCUAAUAUGACGUCAGCAGAACUAAGCUUUUAUUAUCUCACGGUGAUUAAAUUUUGUUAUUUUUAGUGCAAAGA